UUUUUUUUUGCCCAAAUCGCCAAAUAGAAACUCCUUAUUAAAACAACGUAGUGGCGUACAAAUGAAGAACGUAGUGGCGUAUAAAUGAAGAUCGCGGGACUGAAUUAUCUGCACCAGGCUAAUGUAAAAUAAAACAUUUGAUAAUUUGGAAGCAAUAGCUGAUUGAGGAAUGAGCAAAAUGGCGAUGGUAUUGCGGAGGUUAAUAGAGGUCGGAGGCGUCGUGACAAGUGUGCUUCUUCUUCUUCUUCUUGAUUGCGGUGCUGCUUCCCAAGUGCCUGUGCCUCUCGUUUCUCGAAUUGCCUUCGGAUCCUGCGCCAACCAAAGCGCUCCCCAGCCUAUAUGGAAUGCAAUUAUAGACUUUGAUCCUCAAAUUUUUAUCUGGCUGGGUGACAACAUCUAUGGGGACAUUAGGCGCCCUUUGAAGUUAUUUGGCAAGGAAAGGACGAUUGGGCCCUGGAAGAAUGUUCCAAGAUUCAUUCCUUCCUCUGAGCAUGAAAUGCAGGCCAGAUAUGAUAAGGCUAAGAGGAAUGAUGGGUACAAUCAUCUUCGAGAGAAUGUGAAGGUAAUUGGCACAUGGGAUGACCAUGACUAUGGAUUAAAUGAUGCAGGAAAAGAAUUUGAUGGGAAAAUUACCAACCAAAGGCUUAUGCUGGAUUUCUUGGAUGAACCUCAAGAUAGCCCACGGCGCAAGCAGGCUGGUGUUUAUGCAUCAUACACAUUUGGCCCUGCAGGAAGACAAGUCAAGGUUAUUCUCCUAGAUACCAGGUACCACAGAGACCCUUUGUUUAGUGAUGGAAGUAUUUUGGGGAAUUCGCAAUGGACAUGGUUGGAGAAAGAGUUGAAUGGUCCUGCAUCAGCCAUCACUAUUAUUGGAUCUUCUAUUCAGGUUAUAUCAAAUCUCUCUGCAGUAACUGGCCCUUUGUUUUAUAUGGAGUCAUGGGGACGUUUCCCAAAGGAGAGGAUUCGUCUUUUUAAGUUGAUUGCUGAUAGUAAGAGGGAUGGAGUCUUCUUCAUAAGCGGAGAUGUUCAUUUUGGAGAAAUUACACGAUAUGACUGUGCUAGUGGAUAUCCCUUGUAUGACAUAACCUCAAGUGGGCUUACCCAAGCUGUUGAGAAAGCAGUCCUGCCACCGUUACAUUUCCUAGUGAGGUUCCUGGCGUGGUUGACACCAAGUACCUUGAGAGUAAUGGACAAAAGCUGUAGAUCCAGGUCAUGCACAUAUGGGCAACCAAAUUUUGGAGCGAUAGAGAUAAAUUGGGAUGCUACUCCAGUGAGUUUGAAAAUUGAAGUUGGGGAUGCAAAUGGAUUCCCAGUUAUGAGCGUGAAUACCACAUUACUAGAACUCCAAGCGAGAAACUCUAAAAUCACCGUGGAAGCAGGAGAAUAUCAGAAAUGUUGCUCUCUUGAAGUUAAUCUACCUUGGAUUGUCAGAUAUCGCUUGGUUAUUUUCUUCUUUUGUGCUUUAGCUGUGUUGCUGCUUGCGCUGAUAUUUUUCAUCUAUAUGGUUACAUCAGUCUGCAUGCAAUGUCUCCACAAAUGCAAGCUUGAUUGACCAAAAGACGACUAGACGAGCUAGAUUGCAAUCCAGGAUCUUAAUAACAUAUUAUGAGCAACUGCAACAAAUUUUGAGUUUUGUACAGGCAAUACAUAUGUACUUCCAAUGGAUUCUGAACACGUUGGGGAUUGACUAGAAUUGAUUUAAAUAAUGACCAGGUUUAGUAAGAUAUUACAAAUGUUCUCAUGCCCGUUUGAUGCUCAUGUAUCUGGUCUCUGUAUUGACACUUGACAAAAUGGUUAUCCAAAUAAAAUGUAAGGAGCAAACCAAAUCAAAGCCAAGCAUUGUGUUCCAUUCAAUUGGAUUUAGCUACAUGAAUUAUUUUUUGCCAUUCUUCUAUUUCAAUGGUAAUAUGCUCAGUUAAAUUUAGUAA